AUUAUAAAUGCUCUCGGCUUUUUGUGGCCCCAUUUCGGUCUUCAGUAUUACCAAGUUUUGAUUGUGCACAUAAACCGACUUGAACGUGUUGAGAGCAUUUUCAUUGUUCUUUAAAAUGACUGAUAUGCAUCACAAAAGAAAGGUGUUUUUCUUUCGGAUAACUUAUUUAUGCAUUAGAGAGUUGAUAUUACAAACGCCCGGCGGUACGAUUGCAUUACAAAGUAAUUGAAUCUCCAUAUUUUGUUACGUCAUCGCAUCCCUUUUUAAAGAGUAGCCAGCAAUGUUUACAUGUAAACUGCUGAAGAAAGCGGAACCGGCCUGUGCAUAAUGAACCCGCUUGGAAAUGUCAUAUACAUUAUUAGUGCCGUCUGGCAGUCUUUUAAUAGACGUAAGCGCAGUGAUGUAGAGGCUGCAGCAGACAGCCGCUGGCCGACUGGAUCUUUCAGGUUUGACGCCGCACUUGGGCCUUCCUGCACUCCUUUUGGUAGCAGAGAAUGGGAGCUAAAAUAGUGUCGACUCUUUUGGUAAUGGAAGCCGUGCGUGCAGCUCCUUUACAGGAGGACACUAUCACGCAGGGCACAGUGUGUAAAACUGUCAGGGGCGCCAACUAAACACUAUAGUAUAACUCCAAAUAUUUCUGUUCUGCAGCUGACAUUAGUAAAUGAUUAAAGGUAAAUCAAACAUGUCUGGAAAAAAUAAUUUUUUAAAUUUUUUAGUUUAAAUCCACAUUAAAACCUAAAAAAACACGAGAAACGAUCAAUGGUUUGUUUUUGUUUCGGAGCAAAAAAAAACAAUAAUUCUUCCUCAAUUGUGCUCAUCAUGGAGGCCCCUGGGGGCGCGGCUUGAUAGCAGAAUGCCAAAUGCUGAUUGGUUUACAAGUGGGCCUCCUUUGCCAAGCCCACAGCACAGGCAGGUAUAAAUGAUGUGUCUGUCGGAGGACAUUAUUUUGGAGCUGCAUCCUGCCACUUGUGUGACAUGAAGACCCACCAGCCUCUUCAUGUGGCCACUCCGGUGAGGGAGAGCCUGGCAUUGACUAAAGUGGCAGGAACUUCUGUCUACCUCAAGCUGGAUUCAUCGCAGCCUACAGGCUCCUUUAAGAUACGAGGCAUUGGGCACUUGUGCAAAACUUGGGCAGAGCGAGGGUGCGAGAGGUUCGUCUGCUGUUCAGGAGGGAACGCCGGGAUGGCUGCAGCCUAUUCGGCACGCCAGCUGGGCGUACCUGCGACCAUCGUGGUCCCCAGUGUCACCCCCAACCCAACAGUGGACCGUCUGAGGGACGAGGGCGCCACCGUGGUCAUUCAUGGCAAGGCUCUUAAUGAAAGCAUCGAGUACGGACAGCAGCUGGUGGCUAACAACCCUGGCUGGAUAUUCAUAUCGCCUUUCGACGACCCUCUCAUCUGGGAAGGCCACACGUCUCUGGUGAAGGAGCUGGAACAAGACAUGAGCGAGAAGCCGGGGGCCCUGGUGCUGUCGGUGGGAGGCGGAGGACUGCUGAACGGGGUUGUGGAGGGGCUGCGGCGUGCCGGGUGGGCUGAUGUGCCCAUCGUCGCCAUGGAAACCAUCGGAGCUCAUAGCCUCAAUGCAGCCAUGAAGGCCGGGGAGCUUGUCACUUUACCAGCUAUCACCAGUAUUGCCACCACUCUGGGCCUGACUAGGGUCUCCGCGCAAACUCUUAAACUGACGAAGGAGCACACCGUCUUCUCAGAAGUCAUCACAGACCAGGAGGCCGUGAAGGCAGUGGAGCGUUUCUUAGACGAUGAGAAGGUCCUGGUGGAGCCCGCCUGCGGCGCUGCCCUCGCCGCCAUUUACAGUGACAUCAUCAAAAGGCUGCAGGACGAGGGCAAGCUGGAGUGGCAGCUGGGUCCAGUGGUGGUGGUGGUGUGCGGGGGCAACAACAUCAGCUUGGAGCAGCUCCACAGGCUGAAGAAACAGCUUGGCGUCGUCUAGCAGGAGCUUCUUGCUCAAAUCUCCUUCAUCAUCCGCUCCCAAAAGAUGUUCCUUUGUGCUCGAUCAUUCCAGAAAGUGUCAGACUUACUGAGCACACAGGUUGAAGGACUGACAGUGGGGGCCUGGAUCUGUAAAAAUGUACUUUUCUUUGUUGUCUGAAUUGUGAGCUGGAUUGAAAUGGAAAAACAAAAAUAGAAAUUUGCGCUGGUGUGAAUUGACUUCCUGUUUUUGUACUGUAUUAUAAAAAGAAUAAACUGUAUUUAUGAA